GGAGGCGGAGGAGCGAGCCGUGCGGCCAGAGCGGGAAAGAGACUCGUCGCUGCGUCCGAGUUCUGGAGCCGCCGCAUCCCGGCUCCCGGAGCUGCAGCGCGAGCCGUGAGGGGCCGGGCGUCCGUUGUCUCCCGGGUUCCCGCGUAGGACCCCGCGGGAUCGGAAAAGGGAGAAGAUGGAGGAGGGCAGCAGCGGCGGCGGCGCCGCGGGGACCAGCGGGGACGGCGGCGCCGGGGGAGAGCAGCUCCUCACUGUCAAGCACGAGCUGCGGACGGCUAAUUUAACAGGACAUGCUGAGAAGGUGGGGAUUGAAAAUUUUGAGCUCCUCAAGGUCCUAGGAACUGGAGCUUAUGGAAAAGUAUUUCUGGUUCGUAAAAUCAGCGGUCACGAUACUGGAAAGCUGUAUGCCAUGAAAGUACUGAAAAAGGCAACGAUAGUUCAAAAGGCCAAAACCACAGAGCACACAAGGACAGAGCGGCAAGUCCUGGAGCACAUCAGGCAGUCAGCAUUUUUGGUGACGUUGCACUAUGCUUUCCAGACAGAAACCAAACUUCAUCUCAUUUUAGAUUAUAUAAAUGGUGGAGAACUUUUUACUCAUCUUUCUCAAAGAGAGCGUUUCACAGAGCACGAGGUGCGGAUCUAUGUUGGAGAGAUUGUGCUUGCCCUCGAACAUCUCCACAAGUUGGGGAUUAUAUACCGUGACAUUAAGCUUGAGAACAUUCUACUUGAUUCUAAUGGCCACGUGGUGCUGACAGAUUUUGGUCUGAGUAAGGAGUUUGUGGCUGAAGAAGGUGAAAGAGCAUAUUCCUUUUGUGGAACUAUCGAAUACAUGGCACCAGACAUUGUCAGAGGGGGAGAUUCAGGACAUGAUAAGGCAGUUGACUGGUGGAGUUUAGGUGUUCUAAUGUAUGAGUUACUAACUGGAGCGUCUCCUUUCACUGUUGAUGGAGAGAAGAAUUCCCAAGCUGAGAUAUCUAGGAGAAUAUUAAAAAGCGAGCCUCCAUAUCCUCAAGAAAUGAGUGCUUUAGCUAAAGACCUGAUUCAGCGUCUUUUGAUGAAAGAUCCCAAGAAAAGAUUGGGAUGUGGUCCACGUGAUGCGGAUGAAAUCAAAGAACAUCUCUUUUUUCAGAAAAUAAAUUGGGACGAUCUAGCUGCCAAAAAAGUGCCCGCCCCAUUUAAGCCGGUCAUCCGAGAUGAGUUAGAUGUGAGUAACUUUGCAGAAGAGUUCACAGAGAUGGAUCCCACGUACUCCCCGGCUGCGCUGCCCCAGAGCUCCGAGAGGCUGUUUCAGGGCUAUUCCUUUGUCGCUCCUUCCAUUCUGUUCAAGCGGAACGCGGCCGUCAUAGAUCCUCUUCAGUUCCACACAGGAGUUGAUCGCCCUGGAGUGACAAGUGUCGCCAGGAGCGCAAUGAUGAAGGACUCCCCAUUCUAUCAACACUAUGACCUAGACCUGAAGGACAAGCCGCUGGGAGAGGGAAGUUUCUCAAUAUGUCGAAAGUGCAUACACAAAAAAAGUAACCAAGCGUUCGCAGUCAAAAUAAUCAGCAAAAGGAUGGAGGCCAAUACUCAGAAAGAAAUAACAGCCCUGAAACUCUGUGAAGGACACCCCAAUAUCGUGAAGCUGCAUGAAGUUUUCCACGACCAGCUUCACACAUUUCUGGUGAUGGAACUUCUGAACGGGGGAGAGCUGUUUGAACGUAUUAAGAAAAAGAAGCACUUCAGUGAGACUGAAGCCAGCUACAUCAUGCGGAAGCUCGUUUCAGCUGUAAGCCACAUGCAUGAUGUCGGCGUGGUGCACAGAGACCUGAAACCCGAGAAUUUAUUGUUCACUGACGAAAACGACAAUUUGGAAAUUAAAGUAAUCGAUUUUGGGUUUGCGCGCUUAAAGCCGCCUGAUAACCAGCCUCUCAAGACACCCUGCUUCACCCUGCACUAUGCCGCCCCGGAGCUCUUGAACCAUAAUGGCUACGACGAGUCCUGUGACCUCUGGAGCCUGGGCGUCAUUUUGUAUACAAUGUUGUCAGGGCAAGUCCCAUUCCAAUCUCACGACAAAAGUUUGACAUGUACCAGUGCAGUGGAGAUCAUGAAGAAAAUUAAAAAGGGAGACUUCUCCUUUGAAGGAGAAGCCUGGAAGAAUGUAUCCCAAGAAGCUAAAGAUUUGAUCCAAGGACUUCUCACAGUCGAUCCAAAUAAAAGGCUUAAAAUGUCAGGCUUGAGACACAAUGAAUGGCUUCAAGAUGGCAGUCAGCUGUCCUCAAAUCCUCUGAUGACUCCAGACAUUCUAGGAUCUUCAGGGGCUGCUGUGCAAACCUGUGUGAAAGCCACCUUCCACGCCUUUAACAAAUACAAGAGAGAGGGGUUUUGCCUGCAGAAUGUCGAUAAGGCCCCUCUGGCCAAGAGAAGGAAAAUGAAGAAAACCAGCACCAGCACAGAGACGCGCAGCAGCUCGAGCGAAAGCUCCCACUCGUCCUCCUCCCAGUCCCACGGGAAGACCACCCCGACGAAGACACUGCAGCCCGGCCACCCCGCUGACGGCAGCAACCCGGACACCCUCUCCCACUUCUCGGACUGAGCGCGGGCGGGCGGAGGGCAGGACUGUCGCCGCCGACGACCCAUCGCACCCGCGUGCCCUCAGCCUGUGCCUGAGGUGACGUCGUGCGCUUUUAAAAACGUGCCCCGUUGGUCUUCGCGGAACCUGCCUCUUAGGGAGUUGUUUUCAGGCAAACCCAACUGGUUGCCCGUGUCCAAAAAGCACUGCACGGAGAAUGUUACUGUGAACAGAGCACACGUUUUACUGUUGAGUGACCUGGCGUGACGCCAACAGGACUGUUCCUGAAAGAGCAGGGGUGUCUGUAAACCUACUUAGGGGCGGGUCAGGUUCGAGCUGCUUACAAAACGAGUCUCGGGUGUUCCAGACGUCCGCCCGCAGGAGUCACACGUAUGGUGAUGAUGAUGCCUUUUGCUUUGCCUCGGGGACCGUGUGGCCUUUUAAGAGAUGGGCCCCCGCGGAGCAGUGCAGAGAUUGUGUAGUGAAUUUGAUGCGUGGCGUUCGCUCAUUUCCUGAGAGAGGGUUUUAACUUAUUGUCUUUGUUUUAUGGUUGCCUACGAUGGUAACCUGUUGUUAUGAGUCCUUUUCUAAAAAGUAAAAGAAAAAAAAAAAAGAUACAGGAACGUAAGGUCCCAUACUCUGUAUUGGGGACCCGUCUGACAUGCAUGCUAAGCUACGUACGGUUUUAAUUUCGCACUGCUCUUUCCUGGCAGGUUGUUUUAAUGGUUAUUGCCGAAUAUUGAGGUACACGUCUCUGUUUUAGGUAAUACUGCACUUUGUAAAAGACUAUGGAUAAAGCAAACUAUUUUAUAAAGUGCACCGUUUAAAGCACAUGUGCUGCAUUUUUGCCCGUUUUUCCAUCAUCCGCUUUAAAUUUGUCCUCACGUCCCCCUUCUACCUUGUCUGUGACAAGCGGAAUGGGCAUAAUCAGGAUCCACUUAGGCACUGAUGCGAAGAAAAUCUAAAGGAAAAUUCUAUGAAACACUGUGCUUCACAUCUGUGUACUGCGUUGUGCUGCAGCGAGGCAUGCCCUCCCGGAGUCGGAUAUUAUGUACAUACUAUUUUAGAAUCAUGACUCUGACUUGUCUUGAAAUUUUUCUGUUAAAUUUUAAAUGCAGAGAGCAUAUUUUAUAAACUUCCACAGAGCCCUUUUGUUGCUCCAAAGUUCUGAAUUCCUACAGAAAGCAAGUACUAUGUGAUGGAGACCUUUCACCAAAAGAUUGCUUCCUUUUCAAAUACAAUGAAUUCAUUCCCUAUGCAAAAAGAAAAAAAAAAAGAUAGGAUUUGUACGUUGUAUUUUCUUUUAAAGCCAUCACAGGAAAUGUCAGGACUGAGAAAAGUGAUCUUGGCUGUGUUUACAAGAAUCAUGCUUAAAAAGAUAAUGCCCAACAUGUUUAUUUUAUAAUUUUUGUUAGUGAUAAUCUCUUGAGCAUUGGUUUGGAAUUUGGGCAUGAUAUUUAUUUAUUCCUUUCUUGAUAAUAGCAGCAUUAAUUUCAAACAGUUACGAAUACUAAAAAUAUUGCACUCUAUGUAAUAGUAGUAUAUUUAUUACUAAAGCAAUGUACAUAUUAAUAGCACAGGCAAAAAAUGGCAAAUAUUAAAAUAUUUUCAAAAUACUGUA